CUUUUCUCUUGGUUUCUCUCAUCCUUCCUAAGCUCUGAUCAAUUCAAUUCCUACGAGAUUGCGUUUCGCCAUUAGGAGGGUUGUUGUGGACUUUUACAUUAAAGCUCUCAUCUUUAAUGGUAUGGUGGUGGGAGCUGAAGCCUUGGGUGAUGGAAAUACCAGCAUACUCGGCUCCAGCUUGGGCAAGCUUUAUGGCGGGUGCUUUUUUGAUCCUCACACUCUCUCUUUCCAUGUAUCUUCUCUUCGAUCACCUUUCUACUUACAAGAACCCCGAGGAGCAAAUGUUUUUGAUCGGAGUCAUCCUCAUGGUCCCUUGCUAUUCAAUUGAGUCUUUUGCAUCACUUGUGAACCCAUCCAUUAGCGUUGAUUGUGGCAUUCUCCGUGACUGCUAUGAAUCCUUUGCCAUGUACUGUUUUGGGAGAUACCUUGUUGCCUGCUUAGGUGGGGAAGAUAGGACCAUUGAGUUUAUGCAGAGACAAGGCCGCAAGAGCUUUAAGACUCCCCUCUUAGAUCCCAAUAACGAUGAUAAAGGAACCAUUAAACAUCCUUUUCCUAUGAACCUCUUCUUAAAACCCUGGAGGCUCAGUCACUGGUUCUAUCAAGUUGUUAAGUUUGGUAUUGUUCAAUAUAUGAUUAUUAAGUCUCUCACUGCCCUCACUGCCCUCAUUCUUGAAGCCUUCGGUGCCUACUGUGAAGGAGAGUUUAAAUGGGAUUGUGGGUACCCUUAUUUGGCUGUUAUUCUAAAUUUUAGUCAGUCAUGGGCAUUAUACUGUCUGGUUCAGUUCUAUGGGGCAACAAAAGAUGAGCUUGCCCACAUUAAUCCGCUGGCCAAGUUUCUAACAUUCAAGUCCAUCGUGUUUUUGACUUGGUGGCAAGGUGUUGCCAUUGCUCUUCUCUCUUCCCUCGGUUUGUUCAAAAGUUCCAUUGCCCAGAGCUUGCAGUUGAAGACUAGUGUUCAAGAUUUCAUCAUUUGCAUCGAGAUGGGUAUUGCUUCGGUUGUUCACCUGUAUGUAUUCCCAGCAAAACCGUACGGUCUACUGGGAGAUCGCUUUACUGGAUCUGUAUCAGUUCUCGGGGACUAUGCAUCGGUGGACUGUCCUAUUGAUCCUGAUGAGAUUAGAGACAGCGAGAGACGAACCAAGGUCCGCCUUCCAAAUCCUGACGUUGAUAUCAGAAGUGGUAUGACCAUCAAAGAAAGCAUGAGAGAUGUUUUCGUUGGUGGUGGUGAAUACAUUGUUAAAGACGUGAGGUUCACAGUGACUCAAGCAGUGGAGCCUAUGGAGAAGAGCAUCACAAAGUUCAAUGAGAAACUGCACAAGAUCUCGCAGAACAUAAAGAAACACGACAAGGACAAGAGAAGAGUAAAAGAUGACAGUUGCAUGGCAUCAUCAUCUAGUCGGCGAGUGAUUCGCGGAAUCGAUGAUCCGCUUUUAAAUGGGAGUUUUAGUGACAGCGGAGUUACAAAGACCAAAAAGCACCGGCGAAAAUCAGGUUACACGAGUGCUGAAAGCGGGGGAGAGAGCAGUAGUGAUCAAGCUUAUACUGGAUUUGAAGUAAGGGGCCGUAGAUGGAUCACUAAAGAUUGAAGAGAUCCUCGGAAACAUCUGAGAAAGACCAGUUUUGGUAGCUCUCUCAGUUUGUUCCACAUUUUUCUCUAACGCCAAGGUGUUUUGCAGAUCACCAAGAAGCCGUUAAAUAUUGAAUAUAUUUAUGUACAGAGUUGAAGAUACAUAACAUAAAUGAGGCAUGCUUUCUUAUAUAAACCACCUUCAUGCUCGUUUUGUCUUUCUAACAGAACCAUGUCAUAAUAGAAUCCAUCUUCGGUCUCUCUCCCUCUCAGCUUUAAGCAAGACACUGCCACGAAGUUAACAAAGGAGACUAAUAAGUACCUUGUGUCUCCACAUUACUCUACAAUUCAUCAAAACAUGCUAUACUUGGAAAAAGAAAACACACUUGUCAAUUUAUAAUGUGAUUUUGUAAUAAUCAAAUAGUAAUGAACAU